AUGGCUGAAGGGAAGGAGGAGAGGACCGGGUCAGGAGCGACUUUGGACACCAAGCUAAGGUUGCCGUACCUGCUGUCUCCUGUCCGUCAGGUGGACCUGCUGACCUCGUGGAGCUCCAGCUCCAGAAGCCCAUGGCCCCUUUUUCUCUCCACCAACCUGGACCUGGACCCGGACCCGGACCCGGACCCUGAGCCCGACCGGCGGCACACCAACGAGGAGCAGUAUGUGAGCGAGGGCGAGUCCGGCCAGCUUGACACACACGUGGCGCCGCCCAACUGCAGGGACGCCGAGACCAUCACAGAUGUGUGCAACAGCACUGACCUGCCUGAGUUUGAGAUCAUCAGUCUUCUAGAGGAGCAGCUGCCAGUGUACCGGCUGCGGGCUGACACCGUCUACGGCUACGACCACGAUGACUGGCUGCACACUCCCCUCGUCGCGCCGGACACAGGGCUCGACCUGACCACCGAGCAGAUCGAGGAGACUCUCAAAUACUUCUUGCUAUGUGCAGACAGAGUGGGCCAGAUGACGAAGACCUACAAUGACAUCGAUGCUGUCACACGUCUGUUGGAGGAGAAAGAGAGAGAUCUGGAGUUGGCUGCAAGAAUCGGCCAAUCGCUUCUUAAGAAGAACAGAACGCUGACUGAGCAGAACGACUACCUGGAGGAACGAGUGGGACAAAUCGCAGAAGAGGUGGCUCAGCUGCACCAUGAGCUGAACCUGAAGGACGAGCUGCUGCAGUUUUACACCAAUGCAGCUGAGGAGAGCGAGGAUGAGUCCAGCAGCUCCCCAACGGGCAAGAAAAGCAAAGUGGAAGCAGCUUCCGGAGGAUUUGUGAGUGACACACUCCAGAGGAAACUCAAAGAUCUGGAAGAAGAGAACCUGUCCCUCCGCUCAGAGGCGAAUCAUCUGAAGUCAGAGACUGAAACCUACGAGGAAAAGGAGCAGCAGCUUGUCAACGACUGUGUGAAAGAGCUCAGGUUGUCCAGCCUCCAAAUAUCUGCCAUCGCGGAGGAACUGGCUCGCAAGACUGAGGAUGCUUCCCGACAGCAGGAAGAGAUCACACACCUCCUCUCUCAGAUCGUAGAUCUGCAAAAGAAAGCCAAGUCUUAUGCGGUGGAGAAUGAGGAGCUUUCCCAACACCUGGUGGCAGCUAAAGACGCCCAAAGGCAGCUCACAGCAGAGCUCCAGGAGCUGGAGGAGAAAUAUUCAGAGUGUAUAGAGAUGCUGCAUGAAGCCCAGGAGGAGCUGAAGAACCUGAGGAACAGAAACUACCCCGCAGGAACCCCUCGACGCUACCAUCCCUUGGGACUGUACCCAAUGGAUUCUCUGGCAGCUGAGAUCGAGGGAACAAUGAGGAAGGAGCUGAGUCUGGAUGACCCCGAGUGUGAGGAACAAAACCAUCGAAAGCGUGUGUUUGAGACGGUGAAGAACGUCAACCAGACAGUCCGUCAGCGUUCUCUGACUCCAACCAGCGCCAACAUCCCGGGCUCCAACCAGUCUCUGUCAGCUCGUACAUCGCCCCAGUCCAGCGGCCUCUCCACGCCUCACUCCAGCAUGUAUGGAGGUGACUUCAGCGGAGACAGUAUUGCCCUUGACAACCGAACGCAGAGCAUCCUGAUGGAGACAGCAUCCAAUCAGGAUAGCACAGAGGGCAGAGAGAAGAAGGCCAGUGGAGCUGAGGACCUCCGGCUCGCCCUGCGCCGCCUGUCCCUGCGUCGACAAAACAACCUGAGCGAGAGGCGCUACUUUGAAGAGGAAAGGGGUCGGAGACGGGGAGGACAUGGAGGUCUACAUGAUGCCCUGAGCCAGGAGAGUGUGAUGACUCCCUCUGAAAGCAUCAUGUCCCUCGGGAACCUCCACAUUUGGGCCUCGCGAGGGCCCUACCUCCCUGACAAACUCCAGAUCGUCAAACCGCUUGAAGGCUCUGCCACCCUGCAUCACUGGCAGCAGUUAGCCCAGCCUCACCUCGGUGUGAUUCUGGACGCCAGGCCAGGAGUUGUGCCAAAGGGCUACAGGCCCCUCGAGCUGGAGCUGGAGCAGGUUUAUCCAUGGGGUGGCUUUGAGGAGGAUGAACCCGGGGAGCAGUACUUUCAGAACCUGCCCACCUCCUCGGCCUCUGCCACGCCAGCCGCGCCCUCGAUCUGCAGCACUGUUGACACCAACCUCGGGCAGCCCCCGCCCACCCUUGCUCCACCUUCUCCACCCUCUCCAUCCCCAUCGCCACAUCUCAGCAACACUGACGUCCUGGCUGCAUACUACCCAGGUAAAUGCAUGGCCCACACAAGCUCUACCUACACCUUCACAACUUGUAGAAUCCUCCACCCAACUGAUGAGCAGACGCGGGUCACGCCAAGCCUAAACCCAGUCCCAGCGUCGUCCUCCUGUGUGAUGACCAGCACUCUGUUGGGAACUCCUGCUGCUACCCCCUGCACCCCCCGCAGGCUGAGCCUCAGGCCGUCCGAAUCCUCAACUAACCUCAGAGAUGCAACACGCACCACCAGCACCUCUCUGGGGUUAGUGCGCCUUCUCCAGGAGAGAGGGAUCUCAGCAGCAAUGUAUCACCAGAGCCAGGGCCUGGAGUAUGGUCAGGGCAACGGAGGAGUCUUAUUCAGCACCUCAAUUGCCCCAAACCGAGCACCCAACCCAGACCCUCUGCGCCCCUCUACGCCUCCCAACUCGCCCACCGGACCGGGAGCUUCAGCUGCGCCGACCCCCGUGGGCUUCGACUUCAAGAGCCCCUCCUACGACAACUUCUUGGCCUCCAAGCCGGCCCGCUCCAUUCUGAAGGAGGUGACGGGGAGGAUGAGGGGCAGGCAGAGAGGGAGGGAUUGCGAAAGCCAGACGGACGUUAGCGUGACCAUCCACAACCUCAACCUGCUGGACAAGGUGAAGCGGCUCGGUGUGGCUGGAGCUCCAGGGAGCAGAGCAGUGAGUCCCAGCCCCAUCCUGGGGCCUCUGGGUGGGCUGCGCCGAUCCGGCUCUCCCUUUGGGCCCGAUGGAAUGAGGAGGAACCGGAGUUAUCCAGCCAUGGUUGGCGCUAGCAUGGCCAUGAAAGCCCCGGGGCCCCAGGAAUAG